AUGGCAAAACAGAGAGCCGAGGAAGCACGGGCAUCGAAGAAGCAAGAAUGGCAUGUUACAGGCGAAUGGCACAUCUCUUGCCCAGCUUUUGAGAAGAAAUUCGAAGUAGAGGGGAUGAUGAAACUCACGAUAUAUACUUCAACAACAUCGAGCUGUUUGCAGAUAUUCUCAGAGUUUGAUUUUGGCAUAGUAGCAGGGGUCUUCCGUUUCGAGGAACAGUCCGCAAGUGAGCCCAGGACCGAAGCAGAUAGUUCAACUAUAGCGAAACUUCAAGUGGCACAGAACAACAGGCUAAACGAAAUCCAAGCGGGGGGAAAUGAGUUCGGGGCUAAGAUAUAUAAUACUGAGAAUAAAUUGGCCGAGAGAAGGGCUAAGAGAAAAUUUGUAGAGCUCAAGAGGAACCAACACGAAGAGGUAAGCGAAAGUGAGAACGGAGAUGAAAGUGAAAAGGAAAGCGAGAUGGAGGAUGACACCAAUUAUUGGCAUUCCAAAACAGAAAACGCUGUUUUCAUGACGAUUGACUCAUCAGCAGCUGAGAUUCGAAAAGCUGCUCUGUCACUCGGUCUCGUUAACAAAUCAUUGGAAGUUUCAAAAUUCGACGAUCAAGAAUCUGAUGGUCAAUGCCAACUGUUUGGCGAGUUUGAUUUCGGUGGGGUAUCAGUUCUAUUUUGGUUUGAACAACGACUUCCAACUGUCGAGAAAAAGUCGGCUAGACUAGCUGAUCCGAAUGUCAAGCGAGAAAAGAUCACCUUCGGGAAGGCUGAGAAAGAGAAGAAAAAUGACAAUGAUAAGGAUAAUAAAUGUGCAAGUCCCAACGCCAAACGUCUUGGGUACAAAUUUACGGCGGAAGCAUUCUCAUUUCCCUCCCCAGAGAAGCCCUCUCUCCACAAUCCAACGUGGAAUUAUCGAUGGCGCGGGGAAUAUAAAAUAGAUAGCGAGCCGGUCCCAGGUCAAUAUCUCUGUUCGACUACUUUCAGUGAACCCUUGGGCACAACUUUAACUGGAACCUUCGGAGGCCACCUUUACAAAACUUGGAAGGAGGAUAUGGUCUUCACAGUUGUUAAGUUCGGUGUUGGAGGUGCGCCUUCUAUUGAUAUCGAAAAGGAAUGGCAUAAUAAACAAAACAUAAUAUACGAUAGUGAUAUACAGGACUAA